UGCAUAUCUGAAUUUGUAAUAUGUGGAAUGAUUUAAUGUAACUUAUAUAUGCAGUGCCACAUGAUUUAUCCUCUGGAAGGAAAGAAGUCUUGAAAUUUGGUUAAAAACGGUUUCUGUUGGCAUGCUUAAUGUAUUUCCUGUGACUUUCUUGUGAUAAUCAGCUCUGAAGUAGAGCUAGCAUGAAAACAGAAUGAGUCUGUGAUGUGGACUAGGUGAAGGUCAAGGACUCAUGUGAAACCUCACCCAUCUAUUUAUAAAACCUCACCAAAGGACCAUCCCUGGAGAUGUUUAACUUUUAUAGAGGAUUAAGCAAUAGAAGAGGAACAACUUAGACAUGAAGGUUGGUGCUAGGAAGCUGGUGGCAUGUUUGAUGCUCAUGGUGGCUAUGGGAAGCACGGUGGAGCAUGGGAUGGCCCAGGGAUGUGGUAGCACAUUCUUCUCUACUCUUGUUCAGCUGGUACCUUGUAGGCCUUCUGUUACUCCUUUCAGCCCCAUUCCACCUAGUGAGGCCUGCUGCAAUUCUGUCAAGAUGCUUGGACAGCCGUGCCUGUGUGCUCUUGUAAAUGGACCACCAGUAACCGGUGUUGACCGCAACAUGGACAUGCAGCUCCCAGCAAAAUGCGCUGCCGACUUUGAACAAUGUGAUCUUGGGGCGUAGCAGAUGGUUGCCAACUCUGUUUCUCGAUGAAGUGCAUAGAGAACUAUAAUAAAUCCCUUCUAUGUACCAUGAUACUGAAGCUGCUAAUAAUAACAGAAUGCUUGGUGGUUCUCAAA